AUGUCGAUCCCCAACUUACCAACAAGCUCUACACUAACCGGAAGUCAAGUCGUGUCCAACCUUGAAUCCCUUGCAGACUCUUUCGAGCAGCGUGUUUCGUCUACUCAAACUACUGGUAAUCAUCCAACAAGUGUUGUGCAUGCAACGUCAGCCACGAAUGAUAAACGCAAGCGUAAGAAGAGUAACAAAAACAACAAGAGCAACAAGAAAGGCAAACCAUCCAACGACACCCCGUCUGUCAACGUGGCCGACAUUGUAGCCAUGAACAUGAGUAGCAUCGAUCUCCGAGCUCUAGCAGAACUGCACGCUCAAAGCGGUAUGACUCAAGCAGUACUCCAUUCCGUCUUAAAGUUUCACGAAGAGAUGGAAACCCUCAAAGCUAUCAAAGCACUCAAACUAGGCAUCACUGUAUCUACCAUGGAAGAGGUAUUUGGCAAGUAUCUAGGGGUACGUCAACCAUCAGCUUGGAAUGGGUUUCUCCAAAGCGAGUUGGCAAAGGCCGUUUUCAAAGCAGGCAAGUUAUCCCUUCACAUAGCUAUGCGACGUCUAAGCGCUCAGUGGGCCACAUUCGACAAGAAAGAGAAAGCGUCUUACCAGAAAGUUUCUCAGAUCGCCAACGUCAACACUCGUGAAGGUCAUUCUAACACUCAGGACGAAAUUACCAACACUCAGGACGGCAUUACCAACACUCAGGACGGCAUUACCAACACUCAGGACGGCAUUACCAACACUCAGGACGGCAUUACCAACACUCAGGACGGCAUUACCAACACUCAGGACGGCAUUACCAACACUCAGGACGGCAUUACCAACAACCUCAAUGCAAAUGACACCAGCGAUGUGAAUCACGAUUCUCCUGACCAUCAAUCUUGCACCAACAUCUUGACCAAUCCACGCUGCCUUAAAAAGUACAAAGAGACCGCUGAAAAGUUAUUGGAUCAAACUUUAGCCAAGUUACAGUGCAUCUCAAUAGCAAAAUCCAAUCACUUCGAGAUGAUACUUAUAGCGGUCUCCAACCACAUCGGGAAGCACCACUUUCAAGUGACUCGGAACACUGUCGGGCUCAAUAAAGCAAUCAAUGUCAUCUAUGAGUCCGAUGGUAUCAAUAAGUUACCCGCGCAGUUGCAGUCUUUUUUGGUGGGGAAAGAACCCAAUAGUCUUGCAAUUGGACUAGCCGAAAGCAAGCAAAAGUGGUCCACGCCCUCUCAAGAUUACUAUGUAUUUGAUACUGUGGGCUUGAAGCACUGGCCCUGGAGCAAAUGCAAUGCUACCCUUGCCGCGGCCGGACGGCAAUUAAAAUUACUCCCUGGCGCACGAUCUGUCAAAUCAACCUUCAAGAUGCCCAGCAGCAACCUCAACGCUGCCAAAGUUGCUGCCCUCGAUGCGGACCUCAAAGCAAACUUAAUCCAAUUGGUCCCAAUACAAACUCAAGCCGAUAUUCAGCUCAGCAAAACCCAACCUGACUUCAGUCCUAACAGAAGCCACCAACCUCAAACCAACAGCAGUACUGAUAUCCUCGACCAAACUCAAGACAACCAAAUACAUACAUUAAAUCGAACUCAAAAUGAUAUCCAAAAUGGAUUUUCAAACGGUUUCAAUCGUGUUAACACUGAUAUCAUGGAGCGCCGCGGACUUAAUGUAGACCCCAUGUUGUUUGCAACCGUUUGA